GAUUUUCUUGUGUGCAAGAAGCGGAGUGGAAAUGGUCUCCCAAGUUACACCUGUGGAUGAUAGGUCCGAAGUUGUGAUCAUCAUUCGCAAAUACAGCGAUUUUACUGUGGAGCAGCUUGCUGCUUUCGACAUGCGGAUGGAAAUUUGUCCAGCAGGGUCAGAAUCGCUCGGCUUCGAUUUACUUGGUGAUCCUCUAUGCCGAGUUCGCCACCUUCCCUCGUUUCAUAUGCUGGUUGCCGAAAUUGGAGGUGAAAUCGUAGGGGUCAUUAGAGGCAGCGUGAAGGAUGUGGUGUGCAGCUCAGAUAAAGCCUUGGUCCGCAAUCCUCCUUAUGAACGUGUUGGAUACCUCCUUGGUCUCCGAGUUUGCCCUCGUCACAGGCGAAUGGGCAUUGCGUUGAAGCUAGCACAAGCUAUGGAGGAAUGGUGCCAGGAACAGGGCGCCAAAUACGUCUACAUGGCUACAACGAAAGACAAUGAAGCAUCCUUAAAGCUUUUUACAGAGCGUCUCAACUACAGCCACUUUCGCACUCCCGCUAUCUUCGUCCAACCCGUGCAUGUUCAUGAGCGCCGCAUCUCAUCGCGCAUUCAAUUGACAAAGAUAUCCUCUGAUCAUGCAGCAGCGCUCUACCGCGCAACAAUGGGCACAGCCGAGUUCUUCCCUAAAGACAUCGACGCUGUGUUGCGCAACAAGCUCUGCGAGGGCACUUGGAUUGCCACUUUCAAGAAGGAUCGCCUCGACCAUGAGCUCAACAAUUUAGCAUGCGAGAGCGGGAGAGGUGGGAGAAUGGUUGAUGGAGGUUGGGCCAAGGGUGCGCCAUGGGCUGUCCUGAGCGUCUGGAGGAGUAACGAUCUGUUCCGGUGCGAGUACAGAAACGCCUCAUGGAUGAAGAAAACAGGGGCGGCAUUGUCUAGAUUGGUGGAUUUCUGCUUGCCCGGAUGCCGAGUACCCUCCGUCCCUAAUUUUUUUGAUCCUUUCGGCGUGCAAUUCAUGUUCGGUUUGCACUCGGAGGGCGACCGAGGGCCUGAGCUUCUACAUUCUCUCUGCUGGCAUGCACAUAAUUUGGCAAGGAAGAAUGACUGUAAAGCGGUGAUGUCCGAGGUUGCGCCCACCGAUCCUGCAUGGAGUAGCAUUCCGCAUUGGAAGAAACUCUCUUCCACUGAAGACAUGUGGUGCAUCAAGUUCGUCGGAGAGAGAGGCUCCUCAAAAUCCCUGUUUGACGACUGCGACUGGUACCAAGCACCUCCAAAGCCCGUCCUUUUUGUAGAUCCUCGAGAGGUGUAAAAAUCUUGCUUAAUUCUUGAACCUUUCUGUAACAUACCCAGCUUCUCUCCAUCUGCACAGCGAGAGGCUUUUCAUUUCUGACUUUGCUUGCCUCGGAACCGACGAAUGUGAGAUGGGUUCCACCUCAGAGGCCAGGUUUUGUCGACAUCGGCUACACUUAAAUGACGCCGCAAUUUUUUCUGUAGGUGGAUGUUCAAUUGCAUAAAUCAAUUGGCGUCCUGAGAUGGUGAUCCAUAACAAAUUUUGUUUCCGGUGGAUGGUGCUUGCACGUAUUAGGUCAGGUUAGCGUUUUUGAGUGUUUAGUUUAGCAACGCUGAACGUGCGAGCUCAUACAGGGCAAUGUCGCAAAGACCUUCCCAAUCCAGGCGAUUAAUGAACGUCGUUUCCCUUUUGUCCA